UAAAAGCCGAAGAGGCAAAAUGGUAUCAAAAGGAAACGGACACGUCAUAGUACAUGUAUCACCUCUAGACUACUAGCUAAAAGACAAUCAGCAAAACAUGUCUUUUAUCCCAGUGCUUUGGAACCGCUACAAUCAAAGGCAGAAUGAUUCUGAUGACUUGUUCCACUUCAUGGAUGACUGGAACCCCAUGCCCGUCAGCUGGGGAUAUGGCCGCCCCAUGAUGCAGAGAAGACGCAGACCUGAGAAUUCACUUGCGGAAAGAAAAUGGACAUACAGCGUGAAGCUUGGAGACUUCGACGAACAACAUGUCAAAGUGAAAGUAGAUGGUGGGAAAGUAAUUAUUCGUGCUAAGUACACAGAUGGUAAUGAUGAAUGGGGAGAUACUGUCGAGCGAACAAGGACAGUCCAGAUACCAGAGAAUGUUGAUGCUGAAAAAAUUCACAGCUUCAUGAAAUCGGAUGGAACUAUGAUGUUAGAAGCCCCGUAUCGUCUUUCAGAGGAGAAGCAACUCCAAGUUGUACCACAAGAAGGUCGUUCCUUGGUAGCCAGUGACAGCCACAGUAAUUUGAUGAAAUUUAAUGUCGAAAAUUUCCGCCCAGAGGAGGUAAAAGUAUCUUGCAAAGAUGGAAUGUUGACAGCACACGGUGAACGAAAGAGGUCUGAAGAUGGUCAUGAAGUUCGUGAGUCGUUCUGGCGUCAGAUGACAGUUCCACGGUCUGUGGAUGGGAAAAACAUCGAAUGCUUCAGAGAUGAGGAAGGGAAUCUUACAAUCCGUGCACCAACGGUUGAAGAUGUUGAAAUGGAACAAGCAAAAAAGUAGAUCCAGGAUGACUUUUAAUUUCAAUUUUAUUUGUCAUCUUCAUAAUUGUAUUUCAUAGACUUUAGACAUUUGAACUCAUCACUAUGUUCAUUGUAAAUGUUUUUGAAUGACGAAAACGCGUAAUUCUUGUUUAGAUAAUUGUGUUGAUUUUCCAAUGAUUGAAUGCUGCAUACUUUCAGUUCUAUCAAAAGAAAAAUAAGACAUGAUGUUUGCAAAUUCAGAUAUUUUUGUUAUUUAGAACAACAUUUUAAGAAAUUCUUGUUUGACAAUCAUGUGUAUUCUGCAAGGGAACAAUCGUUGACUUUUUCAUAAUGUUAGAGAACAUAUAUGUUAUUUUAUUUACUUUGUUGUUGUCAGAGAUAGACAUUAAAUAUCAUGUGUACAA